GGUGCGGGAACGCUUGUCCCUUGGGGCACCGCCGAGGUUCCUGCUGUCGCCAUGGGUCGCCGCCCUGCUCGCUGUUACCGGUAUUGUAAGAACAAGCCGUACCCAAAGUCUCGUUUCUGCCGAGGUGUCCCUGAUGCCAAGAUCCGCAUCUUCGACCUGGGUAGGAAGAAGGCAAAAGUUGAUGAGUUCCCACUCUGUGGCCACAUGGUGUCUGAUGAAUAUGAGCAGCUCUCCUCCGAGGCCCUGGAGGCCGCCCGUAUUUGUGCUAACAAGUACAUGGUGAAAAGCUGUGGCAAAGACGGCUUUCACAUUCGCGUGCGGCUCCAUCCCUUUCACGUCAUCCGCAUCAACAAGAUGUUAUCCUGCGCUGGGGCUGACAGGCUCCAGACAGGUAUGCGAGGUGCUUUCGGAAAACCACAGGGUACUGUGGCCAGGGUCCACAUUGGACAAGUCAUCAUGUCCAUACGCACCAAGCUGCAGAACAAGGAGCAUGUGAUUGAAGCCUUACGCAGGGCCAAGUUCAAGUUCCCUGGACGUCAGAAGAUCCAUAUCUCCAAGAAGUGGGGCUUUACCAAGUUUAAUGCUGAUGAAUUUGAAGGCAAGUUGGCUGAGAAGCGCCUCAUUCCUGAUGGUUGUGGAGUGAAAUACAUCCCCAAUCGUGGCCCCCUGGACAAGUGGCGAGCUCUACACUCAUGAGGACUUUGGCAGUACUGUCUCCUUGGACCAUGCCAGUCUGACUUAUGUUCACCAAGAAAUUCUAUUUACUGGCAAAAAAUAAAUAUUAAUUUUAUAAUUUAAAAUAUUCAAUUUUUAAAAUUAUAGAUUACUAGAAAAAUAAUUUUUAUAUUAAUACAGAAAGAAAUGCUUUAAUGGCAACUGUUACUUUCCUUGUUUUAGUAAUAAACAAUUUGUAUGCAAUUUAUAGAGAAAGCUAUUGCUAUUUUAAUUCAGACACUUUAAAUUUAGGAAAGUAUAGGGAAAUAUGUCAAGUUUUGUUUGUAGUAAAGUCAUAAAUUGUGCAGUUACCAUUACCUUGGAUAAAAAUAGCCAGAGAGAAUCUAAGAUUUGUGUGAAAAAAACCCUUAUUGUUUGUAGAAUAUAAACUAAACAAUAAAGAGAAAAAUAAUGGUAA